UUUUUCUAACAUGACUCCAACUUCAACACUUGCUGUUUCAAUUUCUCAUGGCCCCAACAGUGUCUUCUUCUCCAUUCGCUUUUCCACAUUCUUUUCCUCCUCUUCCCUCUCUACGGGCUUACUUUUGUGUACGAAUGCCAGUUACCUCUCAUUUCGCGAUUUAAUUCACAUGUCCGUCUUCCUCUCCCAUAGCCUCUUUCGCCUCCACUCGAUCCUUCAUUAUUAUAUAUUUUACACUUGCCAGAUGCACAGUUUUCCUCUCUCCAUUUUCUGGGUCUUCAAGGAUUAAGUUCGAUUUCAAUUACUUUGUAAAAGCCUUGGAACUUGUGAUCAAAAUUCCCUACUUUAUCUUCUUGUUAAAACGAAAUCUCCUACGUUCCUCUCAACAAUUUCUGCUAUUUUUCAUGCGCUCUACGUUCUCUUGCAAUUUAAUUCUCACUUUUUAAUGUACAUCCUGUAUUUACUCUUUCAGCUCCCUUGUGUAUAUACGC